GGGAGAAAAAAAACGAGCUGAGCAACAGAGAUACACACGAGCAGGCUGACAGCAGCCACUGAGACGCGCACACACACGGACAGAGUCUCUUCAUGCAGCCAGGAGAAGACCUCAUUAUAAUUUUUUUGGGGGGGGAGUAAACGCGUUUUCGUCAUCAGGAGUUGUUGUUUUUUUUAAUUACAGGAUUCGCGUCAUUACAAGCCUUGCGCGCAUUCCUCAGCAGGAUUUGCGCAUCUCCAAUUGCAAAGUGUUUUUUCUUCUCUCCACGAGAGCGUUGUUUUUAAUGUUCCUGCCCAGGAGGAAGCUUUCAUAGUCAUGUUCGAGCUGCGACUGGCGAAGCGUUUCAUCUGAAAUUCUUGUUAUUUCCAAAGAAAUAAUGGAACAACAGCUCUCCAAACCAGAAUGCAAAAACAUGGAUGCGUGUCUGAGGCGACUGAAGCAAGAACUGGUGUCUAUGAAAGAAGCCGGAGAUGGCCUCCAUGCUCAGAUGAAUUCAAUGAUGGGAGCCCUCCAGGAACUCAAGCUCCUUCAGGUUCAGACAGCGCUAGAAAACCUCGACAUCUCAGGUCGGCCCAUUAACCGAGGCAUCCCGUAUCCUGCUCAACCAGCUCCUCCUACAGUUACAGUGGCUUCAACCUCAGGCAAGGAUUACGGGCCCUCCUUUAGCCAAACCAUGCCUGAGGAGCCCACCCAGAGUCCGAUGCCAAGUCCAAGGCCAUCUCUGGAGAGCAGAAACACCUUCAGCAGAGAUGACAGGAGCCCGUCUCAAAACAGAAGCAGCCUGGGAACCUCAUCUUCCUCGUCCAGCCUCGAGAGUGAGAGCGAAAGAAGUGAAAGAAGCGCAAGAAGCACAAGGAGUGAGAAUGACCUUGAGUCUAUACCCAGGAGGUGGUCAGGAUACGCCGCCCCACAGGUGGAUUUCUAUGGACCCAUGGUGGGAAACCCUCCACCGGAGCCCUACCCUAAUCUACAGGCUCCCCGUCGUGCUCAGGAGGUGGACCUGCCUGGGAUCCUGUACAGCCUUUCUAGAGAGGGCCCUUCAUUGGACAGUGACUACUCCCAGGACAGCACAGACGAUGGUAGCGACUGGACAUCUUCGCUCAUGAGCCGCAGCCGCAACCGUCAGCCCUUAGUGCUGGGCGACAACGUCUUCGCCGACCUUGUGGGCAACUGGCUGGACCUGCCUGAGGUGGACAGGGAAGAGGGCGAAGAAGAGGAGAGGAGGAAGAGGAGAGAGGAGAAGAUAGUGGAUGGAGGGACGGACAGACCGGACACCCCCGCUCACCCUCUCCGCCUCAGCCGCUCACAGGAGAUCUGCAGAAAGUUCUCUUUAACUACAAACAUCUUCAAGAAGUUCCUGCGCAGCGUCCGGCCCGACAGGGACAAGCUGCUCAAGGAAAGACCUGGCUGGAUGGCUCCUGAGCUGCCGGAGGGCGACCUCUUCAAAAGGCCUAAGAAACUGGUUCCUAAAAGUUCAAAAGGCAGCUUUUACCUGCCGUUCUGGGCAAAUGGACAGCAGGGCAAAGGCAGGCCGUGUCUGCAUCUAGCUGAAGCGGAGAGGAACCACCAACACCACUUCCCCCAGGUCCACCAGCAGCCAUUUGCUGGGAUUUAUUUAGACAGGAGACAGCCAGAGACUGGUCUGGAGAAAAUGCAGCCCUUGUUUGACUACAACACAGCUGUGUGGGUCUGACAGUGAGGCCAACAGACUGCCAGUGAUGCCAGACUGAGUGAGUGACAGGUGCUAGGGGAUUUUGGCUGUGCUGGAGGGCAAUGAAUGAAUGAAUGAAUGAAUGAAUACAAGGCUUGGAUACAGUUAUCUUCCAAAAAUGAACCAAUGAACUUCACACACACACAAACACAAUGAGAUUAUCAGGGCAGCAUUUUGUCUGACAAUCCUAAAACCUAAACCUUGUUUGCUGUGUGUGUCUGGGUGUGUGAGUGUGUGCUGGAGAGUGUCUGAGGCGGAGUUAAAGAGAAACAUAUUUUGAGGACUUAUGCUGCAAGUUUUGUAUUAUUCACAUUUCUUCUUACGUGUUUGUGUGCAUGUAUGACUGGAUUCUCUGGAUGUCUUAAAAGACGGUACCUUGAAAUCUACAUCUUUCUCAGAAUGUCACCAUCAUCACAGAUCUUUCUAAUUAAACAUCCACAGACACUCCUAUGCUACAAGACAUACUCUCAUAUAUAUCACUUCUUUGCAUCUAUGAAUAGAAACACCAACUGUUGGAUUGCAUGGUUACUGUUUUUAUAAGUGAUGCUACAAAACAGCUGUUACUGAACGCACUGCCACUAAACACAGUCAUAAGCUCACAUUUGUUUCCAGCAGGCCUUUGGCGCCAUGGAAACUCAGGUUUAACUGAACCCGUUGGUCUCAUUCACCUUGCUCAGGGAAGGAAUUUUACACAGGACUAAACUUUUAAAACACUGCCGCAUUUAAAUGGGUUCCAAAUACAGUUUAAGGAAGUUUUGCCUAGUUUCAUUUUACUAAGCAAGACCUAACAGCAAUACAGAGCAUGUUUAGUUAAAAGACUGCACAUUAAACUUCGGGACUUGUCCCUCAUAUUCAGCAGUUUUGUGCUUGCUGUCAUAUUAGAAAUACAAUUUUUUCUUCUCUGCCAUGCAGACAUGGCACAUGUUGAGUCAACUGUCAGUCCUCCUGGGUUGUUACACAGGGAGAGGAGGGGGUAAAGAUGGCACAGCCAGUACUGAUUGACUGACUGCCAUCUGGUACCCGGUCGUUAUGUAAAGCCCAUUCAUGACAGUGUCCGAAUAAGAUGCAAAACGGGCUUGUUUAAUCCCAAAGUUUUGUGGAUGAACUGAAUUAUGACGAUGGUGUUACAUACUGUAUAUAUACAAAACACACAGGUGAAUACAUUACAAGGCUGCAACAAUGAUGAGACAGAGUGGAGGUAAAGACCCAUAAUCUCUAUCAGACAGGAUCAAGUUAAAUGUACAGAACAUUGUACAUAUUUGUCAUCAAUCAAACAACAGCUAUAACAAAUAUUUACUGUAAUAUCCCAUCGCAUGGUUUUCAUUAUUCUGCACAGAUAAAUAUGUCACAGUUAUAUUACAGUUCUUACCGUAACAUGUAAACAACACCACAACGCUUGUAUUUAAACCACAGACUGAUGAGUUCAUCUUUGACUUACAGUAUCUAUUCUCUUGAAUCAUAAUCAUUUUUCUGUGUUUCUCAUUUCAAGCAGCAUCAAACAGACAAAAACAAACUACGGCUUCCUUCAUAUAAAUAUCAAGAUUCCCUCAGGAUUACAGAUGAUACUGCCUGCUCUGACUUAAAAUGCUUUUAUAGAGGACCACUGUUAUGCAAGGACAAUCUGAUACUCUAACUUCUUAUUGUUAUGAAAAAGCAGUUAAUUUCACUCAGUUUUAAAAAGGGAUCCCAGACCAAUCAACUUAGCCAGCAGGGAUUAGGCCUUCGGUCUUUUGAGUGUCUUGGCCAGUCGAUCCAUAUGGUGUUGUCUCAGUAUUCAGGUCAAUACAUACCACACAUUCAAAGGGUCCAACACACACACACACACACACACACACACACACACACACACACACACACACAGUUGAUGCCACGAGGCACAGUCUGAGAUGUCAUAUCACACAGUAUGUGUAUGUAAAUGUAACAUUUAUUUCUUCCUAUUUACAGUUGUCUAAGUGUAAUUUUCAGCACUGUUGUUGAUAUUUUUCAUCAGGGUUCUGCAAACCGUCAGUAGUGAUUCUGUGUCAUGUGCACUGUACAACUGUCACUGACUCUUUGUAAAUUAAAUCUGUUUUCAGAAUGAAAUGUUA